AGGUUCACCAUGUAUAGGUAGAUCAGUAUCAGCCGAAUUUGACACAAGUGUUGAUAGUUAUGUAUCCUCCUCUGAAGGUUAGCGGGUUUUAUAUAUUCCACUGUCCACGAUUAGCUAAUCAGCGUAUUUUCCUGUCAACUGUUCACGGUUAUGUUCAUGAAAUCUCUACUCGCAGCUCCUUCUGUUCGCGGAAGAAGUCUUACCGCAUCUACUGAUGCGGCUAUAUCUGCAAAAGGAUCUCCUUCUUCUGAAGGUCAGACACGUGGUGAUAAUGUUGUUUGAUGGUCACUUUAUCUCCAUUAUUUACAUCUCCUCUGUUGAUACCUUGCUACACGCAGCUUCGAUGAACAAUUCUAUCAGUCUUACCUUAUCAACUGAAGGGGAUUCUAUAGGAAGUGGAGAUGAACGGAGUGAAGCUGACACAAGUGCUGAUGGAUAUGUUUCGUCGGGAAACGGUUAGAAAGUUUUUUUUUUUUCCUUGCUGUAUCUACUUUUCAUCAACUAACUAUUCAUGUUGUCUUCUUAAUGUGUCUGCGCGAAGGUCCAACUUUGCAUACCAGCAGUGUCAGCUCAUAUAAUGAUGAUUCUGCAGCUACGAGUGGAGAUAGCACAUGUGCAGGUGCAACGAGUGUUGAUAGAGUUGUCUCAGAGUCAUCAUCUGCAGGUCCAGAAUUUCCAUUUGCUAUAUCACUUAUUAAUUAUGUUUUUGCUGGUUCUUAUUCCCUUAACCUGCACUCAGAUACCAAUGUUGCCGCAACGCUGCUGCCAACUCGUGUCUUUGCCACUGAUAGGUAUCCAAGUGAUGGCAGAGUUAAUGCUUACUCUAAACUGCAGUACCUUGUCGAUAUUUUACAGAUUUUGGAUGGGACCCCUGAGUAUGAGAUGUUAAUGCAGUCCCAAUUCAGUUUCUUGUUCUCCCUACCAGUGCGCCAAUGUUCGUUAUCUGGUAAACUCCUGCAUAAUUUCCUGUCUCGGCAACUCAUCACGGAUAAUUCCCAUCAGCUUUGGUUUACAUUUGGAGGGCAGCCUUUGCGAUUUUCGUUACACGAGUUUGAACAACUAACAGGUCUCCGAUGUGGCCCUUUUCCUGAUAGGAAAACGAUAGAAAAAAACCAAAGUGCUCCCCGCGGUUGUUGUUCUUAUUUAGAAACCUUGCUUGGCCCUCAUAAGAACUUCACUAUUAAGCAGAUUAUCAAACUGUUGAAAGCAGAUAGGGAGAUGUUGGGCUGGCAGAAGCUGCGGCUUGUUCUAAUUGUUAUUGUCGAAGGUAUUUUAAUAUGUGGGACACAACCUAUUCGCCCCUCCGUCCCCAUUGUGGAGAUGGUUAGGAAUUUAGAGUUCUUCUUUAGCUACCCCUGGGGCCGCCAUUCAUUUGAAAGGACCUUAAGGAUGAUAAAAGUUGGGAAAAAAGUUCGCCGGCAGUCUGACAUUACAAAGAAAUUAAAACAACGGUCUCUUGUCAUGCAUGGUUUUCCAGUAGCGAUUCAGUUGUUCCUUUUCCAGUCCAUUCCACAGCUGCUGCAGUUUGUACCUGGAGGUGAAGAUAUCCAGGAUUUUUUAGUAAGGGGCAUAGCCGUGCUUCCGAAGCUGAAGACAUUUCAUACAGAUAACAUCCUUGCAGUUGAAAAUGAUGCUUCGUCAUCCUGCGACCCUUCAUAUACACAUCUACUUCCCCAAAAAGAAUUUACGUACUCUCGUUGUAAAGCAAUCCCUCAGGUAACUCGGCUUGGUGACUGUGGUCCCUUCGCGAUAAAGUUAAUUGAGUUGCACUCCCACUUGUACUCUUUACAGGAAAUAGGCACCAUUUCAAAGGAGCUUGUUGACAUGUUUCGUAUGCAGUACGCUAUUGAUGUGUAUGAGGAGUUUAUUGGUAAGGUCGUCGCUCGGUGAAUGCUCCUUUAUGUGUUUUCCUUACACACUUUCAACGUUUGUUGUGUUUUUUCCAUAUUCAUUCCCACUUGUAAUAUUCCACCCCUGUAUUAUAUCCAUCUCCACCUUGUUGUUGUACCCAUUACACUUUCCUCCUUAACCUUGUUACUUUGUCUGUAGUCUAUUUUUCUCUGUAUAGUUUUCCUUUAUGUCCACCUUGCAUUCGUUUAGUCCACGCCUCUCAUCUUAUUGUACCAUAAACUACUUCAGUUAUGAGUAUCUACACUGAAUUUACUUUCUCUAUUCCACUAAGUUACUUAACUGCUAAUUCUUCAAUUUUUCACCCUCUACCUGUAUUUGUUAACCAUCACGUCACAUUUAUUGUCCUACUUUGUUCAGUAACUAAAUGCUUACACCACCCUUUUGUCUAAAAUACACCUUCACAGCCUUAAACUCCAAGAUA